AUCUUACUACAACAGAAUAAAAUCAAAAUAAUGGGAGCCCAUAGAGUCUUUACAAUCAUUACUCCUGAGAGUGAUGUGCUUGUCGAAUGGCCCAUACCAUCCAAUUCACAUUAGUUUGUCUUACAAGAAUGGAUCAGUGGCCUGAUGGUUCACAAUCAAGCAACAAAUAGGCCCAAAUAACUAAUGAUCUAAUGUGAGAAUUGGUGUGUAGCGGUGAGCACUCUCUUAAAAGGCUGUGUUAUGUAUCUGGCAGGAUUAAUGUUUUAUCGCAUCCACUCUUAUUAUACUGAUUAAUAUGGAAGUAGGUGAAAUUAUCCGGGCACCAUUUUGGCUCAAGUCUACAAAUUGGGACAGAAGGCAACAAACCUAUAACCCGCUGAUGUUUAAGGGGGUGCGAGCAUUGCGCGCUCUCGAUGUCUGCAGGCCAGCUCCUUCUAUUGACAUGUAAAUGAGCCGAUUUAAAAGCCCCGUACGUGCCCCCUCGGAGGAGCAUUAACAGCCCGGCCAUCUGUCCCACCGACGGGCUGUAACGGCUCUCUGGAAAUCACACACCAACCUUAAAACACAUAAACCUCAACCUCAACAUGGCCCCCGUCCCAAACGACACCGACGGACUGGACAGGGGCGAAAGCGGCAGCGGGGUCACGUCUGACAGAAAGAUGAGGAAACCUCUGGUGGAGAAGAAGAGGAGGGCUCGCAUCAAUGAAAGUUUACAAGAACUCAGAGUUCUCAUCGCGGACGCAGAAUUACAAUCAAAGAUGGAGAACGCUGAAGUGCUGGAGAUGACAGUGAAGCGAGUGGAAAGCGUCCUGCAAAACCGUGCUCAAGAAGUGGACGCUGUGAACCGUGAAGCCUGUGAGCGAUUCGCCGCCGGCUACAUCCAGUGUAUGCACGACGUGCACACGUUUGUGUCCAGCUGUCCGGGGAUAGACCCCACGGUGGCCGCGGAGCUGCUGAACCACCUCCUGGAGAGCAUGCCCCUGAACGACGAGGACCGGCUCCGGGUGAUGCUGCCGGACACGGUGGCAGACUACCCCGGAUGUAGCAGCACCUGGCCGCUUCCCGAGAGCAUGUACACGGCCCUGGUGUCCCCGGCGCCCACCACGUCCUCCGCAGAUGACCUGUGCUCUGACCUGGAUGACACAGACUCGGAGCAGAGCCAGGUUUUCUCUUCGGAGGAGGGAGACAGCCAAGAUGUGCUGCCAUGUUUAAAUUACUCCAAGUUAGUGUGGAGGCCGUGGUAGAGCCUUUCAAAGGGAGUAGGCUGUUUUAAACUAGUAGAUGGUUUGUGUUAGGAUGUGUGUGUGGGAUAGACCUUUCAGUACAUGACAAAACACUGCUGAGAUGACAACUUUAAACUUGUUGAAAGGCCUCUGAGAAGCUCUUUGUAAACAUAUCCUGGAACUAUUUAAUAAUAAAUAAAAAAAUUGUAAUUAAAUCUUUUUUUGCAGAGGUCAGUGACCUGCACGGUCUACAGUCGUUAGUGUGUUGGCCUUCAGUGAAGGGAGUAAAUGCAUAUGUAAAUAUGUACUUGUAUGUACUUGUUGAAUAUAACCGGGCUGCAUAGAGAAUAGCUGCCCCUCUAGAGAUGCAAUGUAAGCUGUGUGUAAAUUAUUUCCUAUUUAGGACAUCUUUGUAUUUAUACAUGUCAAGUGACCAUAAGUAGGCUACCUCAUCGUAUUCAACUUUUCAAUAAAUAUCUUUUUAACAAAU